AUGACCGCGCAAGCCGAGCCCGAAAUCGUUCUGUACGAUCUAGCAUGCACCAAGAAUGUCUGUUUCUCGCCUGCAGUAUGGCGCAUCCGCCUCAUGCUCAAUUACAAACGCCUUCCAUACAAGACGACCUUUCUUGAGUUCCCAGAUAUUGAGCCGGCGCUCAAGAGACUUGGUGUUCACCCCGCUGAGUCGUCUGCGGUCAACAAAUACAUAGUCCCAGUCAUCCACCAUGCCCCAACAAACACCUACGUCAUGGACUCGAUCUCUAUCGCUCAGUUUCUUGAAUCAACAUAUCCAGAUCUACCAGUCCCUCUAACUUCGGAACUUGGCCGCGAAAUCGAGUCCAAGGCACGCACAGUGAUAGGUCCCGUGUUCCGUGUCGCAGUAAUGCCACGUGAAAUAGCGAUCCUGUCGCCCCGAUCACAAGAGUACUUCCGACGCACUCGGGAAGCGGCGGUGGGAUGCAAGCUCGAAGACUUACUGAACGAAGAGAAGGAGGAGAUGGCAUGGAGGAAGAUCGAAGAAGAUAUGCGCACUAUCGGGCAGUUGAUGCUGACGAAUGAGAAAGAGGGAAAUUUUGUGCUUGGGGCGAGCCCGAGUGCGACGGACUUUUUUAUUGCGGAUCACUGCAGGCGGCUAGGAUGGUGA